CAUUAAACAUCAAUUAUUAACCAAAAUUUAAAAUAUUUAUAAAUAAUUAUUUAGGCGUUUUCUGCUAUGCGCAACCCGUUUUAGCCCCUCGCCACCCUAACUCACCAUGGCCAUCAUGUUGAUUUUAUUGUGAACGUACACCUCAGAGGUGGCGAAACUAUUGUGAAUAGGACUUUCGCUACUCCUUAUACCAUGCAGUUUAUCGUCAAUUUUGAUUUGUUCUGAUGCUCGUGUUCGCCACAAAAUAAACCCAUAUAGAAUGAGGAAUCUGUAUUUGUGAAAAAAGUAUGAUCUCAGAAAACCGCUUGUAAUAUGAACCAAUAUUUUGUGGAGUCAACUGGAUGUCAACCUCAAUUGUACGUUUUCAAUCAGAUUUUUAAAGCGGUUGAAGGCUUCGAAUACGUGCGGCGUUUUAUUACAGAUAGCUACGAGUCUAAGCAACAAAAACAUUUUUUGGAAUUCUGGUAUUCAAACGGUGAUAACAUUGUAUCUGAAAAAUAUUGGGAUAAGCAACGUAAAGGAGAAUGUGCGGAGGAUUUAUUAAAUCAUGACUCCGAAAAAGUAAUUGAUGAGUCUGAGGAAAAAGGAGCUCAAAUUUGGGAAGAGCACUAUAAAAAGAUAUACAUAGAUCAAUAUCAGUUAUACGCAUUAAUAUUUUAUGAAUAUUAUAAACAUUUGCAUAAAUCUUUAGAUGAAAAAAAUAUUGAGUACAUAGCUGAUAAAGUUCAGGAACAUAAUAGUUUUACGGAAGAUUUCGCACAAUUGGAACUGCUGGGACUUCCCACUGCAUUUGGUAAAGCCAGAAGUAACAGGAAAGCACAUUCCCAAAGAUACGAUAACUUGGAACACGUGUAUAGCGGUUUUUUCUCUGAUCAGGAAGAAGAUUUUGCAAAUAUGUACACUCAAAAUUUACAAGAAAAUAAACCCAAAGAUCUCGAUGAAAAGGCUAAGGAAACAUCAACAUUAUAUGAUAUUAAAGAGAAGAUUAUUAAAAAGAAGAGGGAAAACCGAAAGCUCCGAAAUGUACCGGAUUUUCUAUUGGCAAAUAAAGGAAUGCUAAAAUAUUGGCGAAAACGCUUUUCCCUAUUUUCACGAUAUGAUGAUGGCAUUCGGUUAGAUUGCGAAAGUUGGUUUUCGGUUACACCUGAAAAAAUUGCUGCUCAUUUGGCCGAACGUCUAUCAUGUGAUGUAGUUAUCGACGCCUUCUGUGGUUGCGGCGGAAAUGCUAUACAAUUCGCUCGCACUUGUAAGCGAGUUAUAGCAAUAGAUAUCGACCCUGUAAAAAUAAAUAUGGCGAAGCACAAUGCCAAAAUUUAUGGAGUAGCCGAUAAAAUUGACUUUAUUAUUGGAGACUUCAUGCAAAUAGAUCGUACAGGCAAUUUUCGUAGCGAUAUUGUUUUCUUAAGUCCUCCCUGGGGAGGUCCAAAGUAUAAACGAAAAGAAUAUUAUGAUAUUGAAAGUUACUUACAACCUUCGGGUGCAUCGAAACUAAUGGAAAUCGCCAAGCAAUUUAGUGAAAAUGUGGUCUUCUAUUUACCUCGAAACGCUUGCAUUAAGCAAGUCGUUGAACUAGCUGGUGUGGGAAACAGAUGUGAAGUAGAACACAAUUACUUAGAUUCGCGGCUAGUGGCUAUAUCUGUUCUAUAUGGCGAAAAUAUAUUAAAAGUAAACUACUCAUAAUGUACAAGUAAUAUUGUAUAUAUUUUUGUUGUAUAGAAAAACUUUUGAAAUUAACUAUUUCUUCAGUAAAAAUUAUUAAGUAUACGUUUGACAUCAAGACAAAAUUGGCACUACUUUCGAAAUGAAAUCAUUUACAAUUUAUUGUAGAUUUAUCAAUACGUCUUUACUUGUUUGCUGCUUGGACGAUACUUUCAAAAGUUUUUUUUUUUCUAAUUGCCAAAAAUUAGAAUUUCAGUUAGAUUUAAACACACAGAACACAAAGCAGCAGAGCAAAUUUAUUUCAAAACCUAAUAGCCUGCGCAAAUUGAAACAUACUUUUGAAUUAUAUUGCAAAAUAUUCAUUAAGUAAAUUAAUUCGUUUUAA